AUGUCACAGUAUACACCAAGUCAGUUGGUUUUCUCUGAUGAAAGUGCCUAUGAUAGAAGAACAUCGGCACGUCAUUAUGGUUGGAAUUUUUCUGGGCUACGUGCUCAAAAACAUGUAUUUUUUGUUCGAGGAAGAAGAUUUACUAUAGAAGGUGCAUUAUGUAUUAAUGGUCUUCUGGCUGUGUUGGUUCUAGAAAAUGCAUCUAUUCAUAAAAGUCAAUAUCUGCAAGAUCUUUGUGAAGAAAAAGGAGUUCGAUUGGAAUUUUUACCUGCAUAUUCACUAGAUUAUAACCCU